CUCUUCCUGCUCUGUGGCUCCCAUGGAGGCUGCACCGCCGGCGGCGGCGGCAGCGGCAGAGGCGCUGCUGAUGGCCUGGGGAGCAAACAGUUAUGGCCAGCUUGGUCUUGGUCAUAGGGAAGAUGUAUUUCUGCCUCAGGCCCUACAGGGAUUUCUCUGUAAUCAGGAAAACAUCAAAAACAUUACCGGUGGAGGUGGACAUUCUGCAAUUCUUACUGAUACUGGCAAACUCUUCUUAUGUGGCCAAAAUAAAGAUGGGCAGUUGGGACUUGGCCAUACUGAAGAUGUGACACACUUUACAUUAUGCACUUUCCUAUGUGAUUGUCCUGUCAUGCAAGUUGCCUGUGGUUGGGAUUUUACAAUUGUACUUGCAGGAGGUGGGCAGGUGUUUUCAUGUGGAUCUAAUUCAUUUGGACAAUUGGGACAUUCUUUGACUUCUGGAGGAGGCACUGUUCCAGAGAGGAUUGAGUCUUUACAGGACAGAGUGAUAACUGUGGCUGCUGGACUGAGGCAUGCACUUGCUGUCACUGAAAAUGGUUCAGUGUUCCAGUGGGGAAUUGGUAUGGCAUCUCAAGCGAAGCGGAUGUGUCAAGGAAAAAUGGUUCCAUCCUUCCUGAGGGCAAAAGAACCCUGCAAAGUAACAGGUCUGGAAGAUACCAGGGUAAAGAGUGUCACAUCUGGCUCAUCUCAUGCCUCCGCACUCACAGAUGAAGGGGAGUUAUAUGUUUGGGGAAGCAACAAACACAGACAGUUAGUGAGCAAAGAUGAUUUUCUUUUGAAACCUCAGAAGAUAGAAGCUCAUUAUUUUGAGGGUGAAAAAGUCAGCAGAGUGUGGAAUGGAUGGACUCAUAUGGUGACACAAACAGAGACAGGGAAGGUCUUUACAUGGGGCAGAGGAGACUACGGUCAGCUUGGAAGAAGUGAGCUGCCAUAUGGACAACUGGGCCAAGAUGAACACAGUUUGAAAGAACCUCUCCAUUCUCCUGCUAUAGUACCUGUCCUCACUGGAGCAUCACAGCAAACCAACAUCUGCUUGACCAUGGGUGGCCACUUUCUCAAAGGCAGGAGUCUGUUGAGGAGCAUGUUUGUACAAGGUGGCCAGUGUUUUUCCUGGGGAUGGAAUGAACACGGGAUGUGCGGCAAUGGAACAGAAGUAAAUGUUUGUCCUCCUCAGCCUCUGGAAGUUCUCAGUUCAGCAAAGUCACUUUUCAUUGGAUGUGGAGCUGGACAUUCCAUGGCCUUUUGCCACUUGGCAGACUUAAACCUUUUGCAAUAGAAGUGUCAGCACAAUUUUGAAUUUUAUAAAGUUUGUGCACUUUAAUAAAAGAUGUAAAACAGUUACGUGAAAAUUAUGGGCAAAAUGGUUGCUAGUUUCAGAGCAAACCAAAAUAAUGCUUUUUUAAAAAAAACAACAACAAAGUUUCUAGAGUAAAACCAUUGAUGGUGGAAGCAGGGCCAGUCCAGCCUAAGUUGGUCAUGGUAAGUCAUGGUUUCCAUUGAAAGCAAUGGAAUGGGACUUGGAUUCAGCUAACUGGAUUCCUAGUGAUUUCAGUGGGAGAUACAUGCCUAACUUUUUGAAAGGUUGGACUACUUUUUGAAUUAGCUAGUGAAUUUUGGGAGUUAACAGACAAAAAAUUAACAACCUCUGAACUUUUGCUAGCUUGUAUUCAUUUCUCUGCCUAAUAAAAGCAAGGAGAGGUACUCCUUGUCUGUUGGAAAAGCAUUUUGAUUUGAUAAAAUGAAGCUUCAAUGGUUUUUUUUUUACUAAUGUAGGGCAGUGCACAGAUAAUACAACUUUUGUGAAAGUUGACACAUCAGAACAAUGGGGAUUUUUAAUGGGGCUAUACUGAUUCAGCAUAUUUAAGGCAAUCAGAUUUGUAUUGUAUAGGAAAAUGUAGAUCUAUAGGUUCUAUUGCUCUUGGGGCUCUCUAGGUUUUAUCUCUUGAUCUGCUUUGCAUUUUAGUCAUUGUUAACUGCGUGCCUAUGUGUAUCACUGUGACAGACAUCGAUAUUAUAUUUGAAAGAGUCACUUGAAUUGUUCCCGAGUCUCACUGAGGCUCCAAAUGGGCCCUGGAGAUGUUCUUCUGCUUUCACAAGCCAGUAGCUUUUGUAGUUCUCAGUUGAAUUUCAUCUGGGAUUGAAUUAAAUAUAGAUUUACUAUGCAGUAGGAAGGGGAGUGAACUUGAAGCCCCCUUUCCAUUGCAUAACUUCAAACCAGGAUUUGAAAAGCAAUAAAUAUCAAGCAAACUUUAUUCUUCUAGGACUUCAUUCUCACUUGUGCUAUUUGCCAAGUUUUCUGUAAUAUAAGUCAGAAGAAGGCAGUUUCAUGCACACAUGAAUAUCUCACUGCACGCAUGAUCUGGAUCAUGGUGCUGGUUUACUAGAUCAGACAGGCAGUUUUUGUUAAUAAUAUCUGUUGAUUUCAUGAAUUCUUGUGUGCAUGUCAAAAUCCAAUGAUAUGUUAUUGUGCAUUUGCUCUGUAUGUACAGAAAAGCAAGCAAAAAGUAAAACCCUGGCAUCAAAGAGCUCAGAAUCUGAAGCUAAGUAGCAAAGAAGGGGACAACUGCAGUGUGGUGGGAUGAAUAUGGGAGCUCAGGAUAUGUUUUUAUUCUUCAUUGUUUUAUUUGUUUCAAUUUUUGUAAACUUGAAAUUGGUCAUAAAUGGAGGUAUAUGAAUGCUGUAAAUAAAUAUAAAAUAAACAUUCUGUUCAGUAUGGGCUCAAGACUGCAAGAGAUUUAAGCCAAAGUCUUUAAUAAUAGGGGGUAAGGGGGUUGUGUAAUUUUUAAUUAUGUAUGUAUGUAUGUAUGCUAUAAGUUGUUGAUGUGUUUUUAUUGUUGUAACCCGCCUUGAUCCUUUUGGGAGAGGUGGCUAUAAAUAUUAUUAUUAUUAUUA